AUGAGCUCUGUCCAUCUUGAUCGCAUGGUAGAUCAAGUCUCUGAGCUUUGUAGUUCAGAGACAAGAGCUGACAUUCGAGCAGACCUGGAAAAGACAUUAAGUGUAGAAUUGACAUUAAACAGGAUCUGGGAUGGUCUUUUCAUUAGACAAUCAAAUUCAAAUACAUUAAUCAUUCUUGAUUCAGACGAUGAAGAAGUAGCUACAACAAGUGUAGAAUCUAAUCAUCGGCAAUCUAUCGCAAUCCCUACAAUUAGCACUGCAAAAGCCAGUGGUGAUAAGAGCAGUCUAGACAUCACAACUACUCCAUCAAGCCCAUUAAAUGAAUUUGCUUGGGAUUCAGACAAUGAUUCCUUGCCUUCUCCAAGUGCUCUUGUCUCACAUAUACUUUCGAACAAAAAAAAGAUGAGAUCUGCUAAGGUGAUCGAAAUCGAUGAUCUGGAUGAUAUUGAAGUGAGAUCAUCUUUGCCUCAACCCAAAAAGAAACAAAAACAGAAAGAAGCUGCGGAAUAUAUGCCUAGCUAUAUUUGGGAAUGGGAUGAUCUCGAUAUGGAUGAAAAUGUUGGUUCAUCCUCAAACUCAACACCAAAGAAUUCUUCUCAAAAAAAAAGGGAAAGAGAAGAAGCAAAAGAAGAAAGGGCACGAAAAAAAAAAGAAGAACAAGAAGAAAAGAAGAGGAAACAGGAAGCUCUCAAGGCUGAGAAAGAGGCACAAAAGGCACAAAAGAAACUCCAUGAACAGGCCAACAAACUAAGGACAAAUCGCAGCCAAGCCUUACCAGAAAUGAUCGUAUACUUAGAUAGCGACUUUGAAAAAUCAAACGUAGGAAAGCUGCUGCAGACACAACUCACAGAAAAAGAUGUGGAAGUACAUAUAUUAUCACGUCCUGCACCUUAUACUAUUUCAUGGAAACGAAAACAACAAGCCGAGUGGGAUGAAGACACACAACAAUUUAUUCCUUUUAGCUCGAUACGCAUAAAAGACGAGGCAUUUGUAUUGGUGUUUGUGACAAUUGAGCGCCUAUGCGAUCUAAUGGAAACAAGAUCACUGGAAAGUUUUGUGGAAAUUAUUCAAGAGGAUGCUGGAAGUAAACAGAUCUUGAUGAUGUUGGAAGGGCUGGAACCCUAUUUUAAAAAGAGGAUAUUGAUUGCCAGUCGUCAGUUCCAAGCUACAGUUCUGGAAAAUAUGCAAUCUUCCCAAGUAGGGGGAGCGCGAGAAGAACAAAGAGCUACACAAAAAUCCCGUAAACAGCCAAAGAAAAGGACAUUGCAAACCUUGGCAGAAUCGGGGCCAACCAAAGAAGAAAUAGAAGAAGCCUUGACGCUGCUUCAGAUGAUGAAAAAUGUUAUGAUUGUACCUACAGUAGACGAAGUCGACUCUGUUGAAUGGCUAAUGACUUUGACAGGAAAUAUAGCUCAUGGGAUAUACAAAGCUCGAGGUGCAGCUGGAAACCACGCCCCAGCACGAGCUGGAGCAGACUCAGAAGACAAUUGGUCAAGGAUGCUACAAGAAAUACAGCUGUGCACACCUGCUGUAGCCAAAAGUAUUAUAAAAGCCUAUCCUACAGUAGAGUCGCUUUAUAGAGGUUACCAACUUGCAUCAAGCCAAAAAGAAGCGGAAGAGUUAUUAGCUGAUAUUGAGGUUGAGCGGGCUGCAUUGUCUGGUCGCGACCGGUUUGUGAACAAGGCAAUGUCCAAGAAGAUUUAUACAAUUUUUAUGAAUGAUGAUCCCAACCACAAGAUAGCAUAA